ACUUUUUUGGUUUUUUUUUUUUACAUUUUACCAACCUUUUUAUAUCUGGCUAUAUCCCUACAAAUAACAGAAACUAGAUUAAUUUACUUUUAAAGUUAAUCCUCUCUUCUUCUCCCAGAAGAAUCAUUUCCUCUAACAUAAAAAAGGGGAAAUUAGAGAAAAACAAAGAAAAUAGGGUAGAAUCCUUCUCUCUCUUUUUCUGCUAUUGACAACCCAUAUGGCAGAAGCUACAAGAGAGAUGGUAGGGUUCAAGGAAGUUAAUUGGACCGUCAAUGGUGAAUGUAAACUCGAGAAGAAGGAUUUUGACUCUGCCUCGAACUUACCAAAUCUAGGGCAAUCAAUGUCAAACAACAAUAAGGUGAGCAUUCGGAAUUCUCUUUAUUCUGGAUUGCCUCUUCCACCAUCUUUGCCAAAACCAGCCCUAACUGAUAUAGUAUUGGGGACCUCAACCCACCAUGUUAAUUACAAAGCUGUUGAUUAUUCCAAUUAUGGUAAACACACUUCUUAUCAAUCUUCAUAUUUGUGGAGUGAUGGUAAGGCAAAACUAAAGAGGAAACGACGUGUGGUGAAGUACAAGUCGUACACUGUCGAGAGCCAAAUGAAGACAUCAUUGAGAAGUGGAUUUCGAUGGAUCAAGAACAAGUAUUGUGAGCUCGUGCAUGGGUACUACUAACGCUAGCUAAGGUGGUGGAGAUGAAAAUAUUAUUGUGUGCUUCGUUUUCUUCUUCCUUGUAUGGGUGGAAUGGAUAGGUUUUCCCAUUCUUUUGAGAUGAUUUCAAUGCCACUUGUUUUGUUCACUAAUGUUUUGAUUUCCCUUUUUGUGGAUGGAAAAGGUUUACCAUUUUUAAAUAUGAAGAAGAAUGUGCAGGUUAUGGAUUUUAAUUUUUUUUAGUUGUCACUCAUUUGCAGUCCCAUGUACUAUGAAUUAAACAAUAUUUCAUUUGUAGUUGUAUCUUUCUUUUUAGUUUAAGAAAUUUGGUUCAUUGAC